CUUGCCUCAUGGCUACUUUGUUUGGGAUUAAGUAUGGGGAAGAUAGAUAGCUUUUUGGCACUCAUGCUCAUUAAGAUUCGGGGUCUUCCUCUGUCGUUCUCUUCAGCCAAGGAACUGCGAGGCAGAGCAGAAACGUUGCCAAGUGGCCCACACUGGAUGUCUCAAGUAAUUCAGACAAUGCAUCCGACAAAAUCACUGGUUGUAUUGUAUUGGCAUGACCCCUUGGAUUGUAUCUUCAGCAUACUCAACCAUCCAUCCUUUCAUGACUGGUUAGAUGUUUCGCCCCACAAGGUGUAUACCAUGGUGGAGCAG